AGGGAGGUGAGUUUAGGGGGAGAGUUUAGGGAGGAGAGUUUAGGGGGAGAGAUGGAGGGGGUGAGUGAGGACGAUCUGUGCUGGCUGCAGCUGGAUGAUUUCAGGAUGCUGCUCAUCAAAACCAUCGAGCCCUCCAGGAUCACACCGUACCUCCGGCAGUGCCAGGUGAUCAGUGCUGAGGAUGAGGAGCAGCUCUUCAACGACCCCGGCCUCGUCAUCAGGAGAAGGAAAGUCGGAGCGCUGCUGGACAUCCUGCAGAGGACCGGGGUCAAAGGUUACACGGCGUUUCUGGAGAGUCUGGAGCUGGAUUAUCCUCAGCUGUACAGCCGCAUCACGGGGAAGGAGCCCAACAAGACCUUCAGCAUCCUCAUCGAUACAGCAGGUGAAUCUGGUCUGACUCAGUUCUUGAUGUCGGAGCUCAGCCGCCUGCAGAGGGCGCUGCAGGAGGAGAGGAGACGCCGCCAGCAGGCCUGCUCCGUCGCCAAGGAACAGGAGGUCUGGUCCCAGAAGCAGCAGCUGAGGGACCGCGAGCUGAGGAAGCUGACUGAGCGCGUGCAGAAGCUUCGGGAGGAUCGUGAGCAGCUGAGCGAGGAGGUGAAGCAGCUCCGAGAUCACAACUACAGCCUCAUGGUCGACAUCAACACUCUGGGGGGGGAGAAGAGCGCCGCCCUGCUGGCCAACAGAGACAUGCAGAUAGAGGUGGAGCGUCUGAAACACACCGUGAUGCGAGCUGAAAAUCAGACUAAACUGCUGAGACGACGAACACUGAGGCCACUGCAGGAGAGCAGGAGUCUGGUUCUGCCCAAGGGGAACUUCUUCCACCUCAACAGACUGGAGGAGAAGAAAGCAGAGACGCAGGAAGAGAAGAAAGAGACGCAGGAAGAGAAGACAGAGACGCAGGAAGAGAAGACAGAGACGCAGGAAGAGAAAGAGGAGGAUAAAAAGGAGGAGACGCAGCAGAAAGAGAGUCCAGCUCCUGUUCAGAUGAACCUCCUGACAUCAGUGUUUAAACUGAGGAGAGACCUGCACCGAGCCGAGGAGCAGAGAGACAGGAGCGUGGAGGAGAAGGAGGAGUUGGAGCUGCUGUGUGCUCAGCUGAAGGGAGACGCCCGGAUGUACCGCCAACAAAACAAACAAACCCUCCGACAGCUGGAGGAGGUGAUCCGAGAGAGAGACAAGGCUCUGGCGUCGCGGGCGGAGCAGCAGGAGGAGGCGCGGCUGCUCCUGCAGGAGAAGGACCAGCACCGGGAGACGGUCCGACAGCUGACGGAGCAAUCUGAUAGGCUGGAGCUGCUGCUGCUCAGCUCGCAGCGGGAGGAGCUACAGCUGAGGACACGCCUCCGCAGACUCACCUCCAACACCCACCAGGGUGAGAGGAGCAGUGAGGAAGAGGAGGAGCCAGCAGAGAGCACUGCUAAAGGCAGCAGCGGGACGUCGGGGGAUAACGAGGAGGCGGCAGCGCUGCAGCAACACGUCUCUCCUGUAGGAGGCGCCACAGAGUCUGAACACAAGCCCAGCACUGAUGCAUCAUGGGAUGAGAAGACAGACGGCUGUCUGCCCUUCAGGAGUCGACCGAACUUCUUGUACCGCAGGAAGCGCGCCCUCAGAUCAAAGUUUAUCUGUAGGGACUUCAACUCCGGUAACCAUGACGACAGCAGCGGCAGUGACAUCACCGAUGACUCUGACUGAAGACACGCUGCCUUCAAAAUAAGAGUCUCAAAGACAGUUUCUGCUGUUUUUACAGUUGUUUCUUGUUUCAGAGUUCCUUCAGUCAGCUGUGUGUUUGAUAAACUGUUUCUGAUUAAACUGUUUCUGAUUAAACUGUUUGUGAUUAAACUGUUUCUGAUUGGUUCUGCAACAUUAAGCUUGUGUUUCCACCGAGAAAAUAAAAACAUACUCACAACAUGA